AUGCUGAAUGAGUGUCGAUGGCACCGCCGGCGGGGAAAGGGCCUGGAUGAAGCUGCGGAUGCUGCGGUGCUGCAGCACGCGACGCCGGAGGAUUACUUGUACCAAGCGUACUUGCCUGAGAAUUUUGAGAAGCGGCAGCGGAUGAUCAAACGGAUCAAGAAGGAUGAUAUGAAGUGGUUGGAGGAGAGGCGUGAUUGGUUUAAUGUCAACAGUCGGCAGAGGUGGGCGAUGUUGAUUUGUGGGGGUAUGAUGAACGACAGACCUAGAAUUAGGGAAGGGUUCUUUGAUGUCCAGUAUGUGAUCGAGGAGCACAACGUCACCGAUCGUCGUGAAGUCUCCCGGCAAGAUCGCGCCUUCACUCUCCUUGACAGACUGUUCCCGGAGGAGAAAGCACAUGCUUAUAGGCUUUUCACAGAAGGCGCUGAAGACAAAGCGCUGGUGGAUGCCUUGGAACGGCGGAAGGCUGAGUGUAUUCCUCCUAGCAGAAGCGCGUUUCGUCAACGUGAGUCUGCUAUCCAAGUGCCAGCUGCGGAAACGAAGACGGUUAAGGCGAAGUCACCUCCUACGGACCAAGGUAGCUCAGCGGACCAGCCUCCAUCUUCGGGGCCGUCCAAGGACAAGGGCAAAGCGCCGGAAGGGUCCUGA